AUGAGUGUUUCAGCCUUAUCUGGAACGAUUCUGAGGGAGAAACAACUGUACGCCAAGUUCAGUAAGUGUGGGUUCUGGUUGCUAGAGGUAACAUUUUUAGGUCAUGUGGUAUCUGCUGAAGGGAUUCAGGUUGAUCCUCGGAAAAUUGAAGUUGUUCUGGAUUGGAAGCCGCCUAAGACUGUAUUAGAGAUUCCCAAUUUUCUAGGACUGGCAAGAUAUCAUCGACGAUUUGUUGAGGGGUUUUCAUUGAUUGCUGUACCUCUGACGAAGUUGUUGCGUAAGGGUGUGCCGUUUAACUGGACCGAUGUACAACAAGAGAGUUUUGAAAAGCUUAAGAAAGUUCUGACUGAGGCCCUUGUCUUGAUAUAA